AUGGAAAAGAAAGUCAUUGUCGUCUUAGGAGUGACUGGAAUUCAGCUCAUCGUCUACAUGCAGGGUGGCUCAGUUGCCGAGUUGUUCCGCACCCUCCCCGAUUGGACUGUCCGUGGCGUGACCCGAGACACCUCCACUCCCAAAGCUGCCGCUCUCCGCGACCAGGGCAUUGAAGUCGUGGCCGGCGAUUUCGACGACUUCGCCUCGCUCUCCAAUGCCUUCCGGGGUGCAACCGCCAUUUUUGCGGUCACCGACUUCUGGACCCCGUUCUACAACCCGGCCACAAAGGCGCUACUCGCCCCAGGACAGACGAUCAACGAGUACUGCUACGAAUUGGAGCUGCAGCGUGCGAUGAACAUUGCCAAAGCAGCGGCUGAGAAUCUCGGCACUGUUGAGCGGUUCAUCUUUUCGUCGCUGUCCCACGCGAAGGAAUUGAGUAACGGCAAGUACACUUGGGUCUAUCAUUUCGACUCGAAGGCCGAGGCCGCGAGGAGGAUCAAGCAAGAGUUCCCUGAGCUCGCUGCCCGGAUGUCUCUUCUGCAGGUGGGGCUUUACGCAACCAACUGGAAGGCCGGGAUGGGCGCCUUCCGCAAGCAAGCGGACGGUACCUUCGGGCUUUUCGCGAACAGCAGUGGCAACACACCCAUUCCCAUGGUAGUGCCACACAAGGACACGGGCAGCUUCGUGCACGCCCUUGUCCGCAGCCCACCCGGGUUGACUCUUCUCGGAUUUGGCCAGAUGCUGAGCUGGAGGGAGUAUGCGGCGCUCUGGUCUCGCAUUCUUGGGGUGGAAGCGACCUACCACGAAGUCCCCACGGCCGACCUGGCAAAGGAACUUCCUGAAGGCUUGGAGAGGGAGCUUCCUGAAAUGGCCUUGUACAUGGAAGAGUUUGGCUAUGAUGGCGGUGAUCCGAGCAUCAUCCAUCCAACGGAUCUGCCAGUGGAAUGUCCGACGACCAGCAUUGAAGACUACAUCAAGCACGAGGACUGGUCGCCCAUUCUCAAGUCAUAG